AUGGAAGAACUAAAGAAUUUCAAACCUAUUGAUUUAUAUGAAAAAUUACGUUUGAGUGAUAAUGAUUUCGAUGCAUGGCUUGAGAAGCUUGGACUUCUUCAUGGAAAGAGAACUUGCUACAAAUGUGGGGGUCGAACAACAAUAAGUGUUAAGAAAGACGAAAGAUAUGGAUGUUGGCGGUGUACAACCAGAAAUUGUAGAGCAAGACAAGGUUAUUUAUGUGGUACCUUCUUUGAAGGUACGCAUCUGACCACAAAGAAGGUAUUUCAUCUUUCUUAUUUAUGGGCAUAUAGACUUGGUACAUAUGACUACAUAGACUUUUUUAUCCUUGUGAAAGAAAUGAAUAAAAAAUUAAUCUUUUUUAUUGUUUUUAGGCAAAAUAUGGAAAGGCAAAUUUGA